UAGAGGCCGUGGCGGUGACGUCACCGCGUGACGUAAUGACGCACGAGCGUGCCCCCGUCAGCUGAUCAGUUAGCCGCUGCGGAAUUAACGCGCGUCGCUGCGAUAUUUUCAUAAAAUCAACGACAGAGCGAAUAUGAGACGAUAGAGAGCGGCUCCGUAUCGCAGAGAACAUGUCAGGAAACAGUCUGGUAUUACCCAUAGUUCUGUGGGGCCGCAAUGCGCCCACUCACUGCAUCUCCAGCCUGCUGGUGAUGGACGAUCUGGCCACCAUCAUCACCGGCUGCCAUGAUGGACAGAUCUGCAUCUGGGACAUGACCCCAGAGCUGGAGAUCAAUCCUCGUGCUCUGCUGUUCGGACACACGGCUUCUGUCACCUGUCUGUCCAAGGCCAGCGCAGGAAGUGACAAACAAUACCUCGUCUCCCAAAGAAAGGCGAGAGAGAGAUAGGAAAUGUGUUUAUGGGACGUCAAUGAUGGACGCUGUAUUGAGUUCACCAAACUGGCCUGUGCACACACUGGAAUACAGUUUUAUCAGUUCAACAUCGGCACACAGAGGGAGGGCCGUCUUCUGUGUCAUGGACAUUACCCAGAAAUCCUUGUUGUGGAUGCUACCAGUCUAGAGGUUCUCUACUCGCUCGUGUCCAAGAUUUCGCCUGACUGGAUCAGUUCCAUGAGCAUCAUUCGCUCGCACCGCACGCAAGAGGACACCGUGGUGGCUGUGUCUGUCACUGGGAUUCUUAAGGUGUGGAUCAUCACCGCUGACGUCAGCAGGAUGCAGGAUCUGGACCCUGUUUUUGAGGAAGAGUCGAAGCCCAUCUACUGUCAGGGCUGCCAGAGCAUCUCGUUCUGCACGUUCACACAGCUCUCGCUGCUGGUGGUGUGUUCGAAGUACUGGAGGGUGUUUGAUGCGGGUGAUUUCUCCCUGCUGUGUUCGGUCCCGAGCGAGAACAAUCAGUCGUGGGUUGGAGGAGAAUUCAUCGCUGCUGAUAAAGUCAUAAUCUGGACUGAAGAUGGUUGCAGCUACAUUUACAAACUGCCGGCCAGCUGUCUCCCAGCGAGCGAACACUUCCGCAGCAAUGUGGGGAAGAAGACGGAGGGUUCGAUCCCUCCUCUGGUGUACAGUAUAGCGGACCGCGCCGACAAACAGCUCCUGAUUUGUCCUCCUGUGACGCGCUUCUUCUUCGGACGGAGAGAGCCGUUCCACAAACUGCUGAUCCAGGGCGACUCCGCGGGGCGACUGACGUUACAGCCGCUGUCCUCCGCCGCAGAGCUGCAGGUGUCGGUCAGCAUCAGUCUGCAGGAGGCCUUUGAUAAGUUAAUGCCGUCUCCGGCCGGCAUCAUUGACCAGCUGAGCGUCCUGCCCGGCUCUAACGAGCCCAUUAAGGUGACGGCGAGCGUGUAUAUCCCUAUCAGGGCCCGCCUGGUGUGCGGAACACAUGCUGCGCAGGGGUGACACAGUCUUACUGAUAUUAGUAUAACAUAAUAAAAAAAAGUUCAGCUGCUGCAGGGAGAACACAUGCUGCGCAGGGGCUGGCCUCCUCAUCGCACUCUCAGAGGUCACAGGCACAAGGUGACGUGUCUGCUGUACCCACACCAGGUCUCCCCGCGCUACGAUCAGCGCUCGCUGGUGUCCGGCGGCGUCGACUUCUCCGUCAUCAUCUGGGACAUCUUCACCGGCGAGAUGAAGCACAUCUUCUGCAUUCACGGAGGAGAAAUCACACAGCUGAUCGUGCCUCCGGAAAACUGCAGCACGCGCGUGCAGCACUGCGUGUGUUCGGUGGCCAGCGAUCACUCCGUCGGUCUGCUGAGUCUGAGAGAGAGGAAGUGCAUCAUGCUGGCGUCCAGACAUCUCUUCCCCAUCCAGGUCAUCAAGUGGAGGCGUGGUGGAGUGAUUAUCUGGUGGUUGUGUUGUUUGUAUGUGUGUGUUUCAGGAGCGCUGGACCGCUGUGUGAUGGGAAUAACGGCGGUGGAGAUUCUGAACGCGUGUGAUGAGGUCGUUCCCGCCGCUAUGGACUCCCUCAAUCACCCCGCGGUGAACCUGAAGCAGGCCAUGACCCGCCGCAGUCUGGCUGCGCUCAAGAACAUGGCCCAACACAAGCUGCAGACGCUCGCCACCAACCUGCUCGCGGCCGACAACGCCGACAAGGGAAACCUUCCCAAAUACUCGCACAACUCUCUGGUGGUGCAGGCCAUGAAGACCAACGUGACGGAUCCGGACAUGCAUGUGCUGUUCUUCGACGUGGAGGCCGUGAUCAUCCAGUUACUGACGGAGGAGGCGCAGCGGCCCAAUCCCACCCUCGUCUCACCAGAGACGCUGCAGAAAGCACCAGGAGGAGCCGACAAGGGCGGGUCCUUCCUAGCCAAUAAGAUCUUCAAACAGGUGAAGGAGACCAUUAAAGAAAACAUCAAGGAGCACCUGCUGGAUGAAGACGAGGAUGAGGAGGAGGAGCAGCGGCGGCGCGAGGAGAAGUCCAAGUCUCUGAGUCUGCUGGAGUACAAUCUGACCAUGGACACGGCCAAACUCUUCAUGUCCUGCCUGCACGCCUGGGGUCUGAACGGAGAGCUGGACGAGGUGUGUCUGACCCGGCUGGGCAUGCUCCGCCCGCACACGCCCGUCUCCUUCGGCCUGAUCUCCCGCGGAGGACACAUGUCUCUCAUGCUGCCCACCUUCAAAGACUCGCUGCUCCGGCAGCUGGCCGAAGGAUGCGCCGAUGGCCGCAAGCUCUCCGUCUCCGAGAUCGUGGGCAAAGGCACGUAUGGCGUCUCCAGAGCCGUGACCACGCAGCACCUGCUCUCCGUCAUCUCGCUGGCCAACACACUGAUGGGCAUGACCAACGCCACCUUCAUCGGGGAGCACAUGAAGAAAGCACCGGCAAGGCCCCCAAGACCAGGAACCCCUGAGACCCCGAGAAAAACCACCCCGCAGGCCUCCAGCCCGGCCCUGCAAGCACAGAUCAAACAAGGCUGGAGUCAGCUGGCCGCUAUGCAUUGUGUCAUGCUUCCUGAUCUUCUGGGUUUGGAUAAGUUCAGGCCUCCUCUACUGGAGAUGUUGGCUCGCAGAUGGCAGGACCGCUGCCUGGAGGUUCGAGAGGCUGCCCAGGCGCUGCUGUUGGCUGAACUGCGGCGGAUCGGUCAGUCGGGCCGGAAGGACACCAUUGACAUGUGGGCGCCGUAUCUGCCGCAGUAUGUGGACGUGGUCAGCUCUCCGGGAACCGCCCCCGAGUCCGGCCAGCCGGCCCCGCCCCCUGCAGAAGCCCCGCCCACCGAGACCAAAGCUCCAGAGGAAGAGAUGGACGUGACAGAUGAUGACAUCACUGCAGGUUGUCUGUCGAACCUGCCGCCGAACGCGAAGAUCUGUAACUCGUACGAGGAGCGCAGGAAGCAGGCGACGGCCAUCGUUCUGCUGGGAGUGAUCGGAGCUGAGUUCGGCGCAGAGAUCGAACCUCCCAAACUACCUUCCCGCGCCCGCACCAGCACUCAGGCUCCUGACGGAUUCGGUCUGACCACCGGAGGAUCCAACUACUCACUGGCCCGACAUACCUGUAAAGCCCUGACGUUCCUCCUCCUCCAGCCGCCCAGCCCCAAGCUGCCGGCCCACAGCACCAUUCGGCGCACAGCCAUCGAUCUGAUCGGCCGCGGCUUCACGGUUUGGGAGCCGUAUAUGGACGUGUCCGCGGUUCUCAUGGGUCUGCUGGAGCUCUGCGCCGACGCCGAGAAGCAGCUGUCCAACAUCUCAAUGGGUCUUCCUCUGAGCCCCGGCGCUGACUCGGCCCGAUCGGCCCGUCACGCCCUCUCCCUGAUCGCCACCGCCAGACCGCCCGCCUUCAUCACCACCAUCGCUCGAGAGGUUCACAGACACACAGCGAUGCAGUCCCAGGGCUCUCAGUCUCAGCAGAACGUUCACACCACGACUCUCGCUCGCGCCAAAACUGAAAUCCUGCGCGUCAUGGAGAUUCUCAUCGAGAAGAUGCCGUCUGAUGUGGUGGACCUGCUGGUGGAGGUGAUGGACAUCAUCAUGUACUGCAUUGAAGGCUCUCUGGUGAAGAAGAAAGGCCUGUCCGAGUGUUUCCCAGCCAUCUGCAGGUUUUAUAUGGUGGCGUACUGUGAUCGCAGCUAUCGCAUCGCUGUCGGCGCCCGUCAGGGUUCAGUGGCUCUUUAUGACGUUCGCACUGGAAAGUGCCAGCACAUUCAUGGACAUAAAGGACCCAUAACGGCGGUGUCCUUCGCACCGGACGGACGAUAUCUCCACACACACCAAAACUCACAGACACACAUCUCUGUGUCUCAGAUGAACACGUCUCUGUUGGGCAGCAUCGGGAUGUUGAACUCGGCUCCUCAGCUGCGCUGCAUCAAAACCUAUCAGGUUCCUCCGGUCCAGCCGGCGUCGCCCGGAUCCCAGAACGCCCUCAAACUGGCCCGCCUCAUCUGGACCUCCAACCGCAACGUCAUCCUCAUGGCCCACGACGGCAAGGAGCACCGCUUCAUGGUCUGAGGGGUCAGGGGUCACGUGACCUUUGACCUCCCCAGCUGAGCUGUCAACUGGUUUACACUCUUCCCAUUCAUCCCUCUUAUUA